AUGCGCACGCCCUCGGGGCGCGCCAGCAGCGCAGCCUAUAACGAUGAGGUUCGCGCGAACACCGCGCGCCACGCGCUGCUGGCGCAGCUGCGCCGCCCGCCCGCGCCCUUCGGCGCCGCGCUGCGCGCGCACUGGGCGCUGACUGCGGCCGCGGCGAAGGAGGCGCUGCAGCGGUGGGGGCGGGAGGCGAGGCAGCCGGCGGCGUGCACAGCGCUGGGGGCAAUCGUGCAAGAGGCGGGGGCGGAGCUGGAUUCGCUGGUCGCGGCGUGGGAGAGCGAGCAGCAAGCGGCAGCGGCGGCUGCUGAGCCGGCUCCGUCGCCACCGCCUCAGCAGCAGCAGCAGCAGCAGCAGCAGCAGCAGCACAGGCAGCAGGCGCCCCCCGCGUGGCUUGGCCCGGGGGCUGCAGCGGCGGAGCCUGAUGCGGGGGUGAUUGACCUGACAUGA